UUGGGAUUUUGUCCUCAGUAUCUUUAGGUUCCUCUUCGGAACGCAGCAAAAUCAAUGGCGGCUUCAUCGUCUUCAUCCUCCUCGUAUUCAUCCGAUGCAUCCUCUGAUUCCUCAGACUCUCAUCGCCGUCGAAGGGACCGCCGUCGCCGGAGCGACAAGGGCAGGGAUUCCCUCAAGGUUCGGAAGAAGAGCCGCUCCAGCACGAAACGACGUCGUAGACGCCAUCAUUCUUCCGAUUCCUCUUAUUCUUCUUCGUCCUACUCCGGUUCUUCCAGAAGUGAGAGUUCUGACAGUGAGCACGAGAGAUCUCGGAGGCACAAGAAGCAUGACAAGCUGAAGAAGUCUAAGGACAGGGAACGGAGCAAGAGUCGUCACCAUAAACGGCAUAAGAACAGAGACAAAGAGAAGCAGAAGGAAGAUGAAGGAACCAGUGGGCCUGUCCAACUAUCUAAGUUCUUAGGGCGUGACAAGGAUGAUGGUGUGCGUAGGAGUGUUGUCUCUGGCAAAAAAAUUCUACUGAAGCUUGACAAGUCCAAGGAGGACAAGGUUGCCGAGAACAAGAGAAGUGAACUGCUCAAGUUUUUGAAUGCAAGUUUUGAUUAGCUUUACCUCCAUGGCUGUCGCCUUCCUGCUCAACUAGAAAACGUAAGACACGGUUCUUUACUUGCAUUUUGCAUAUCUGUCUGUGAUACUGAUUUUUCUCCGGGGAAGGGGACCCAUCAGUCCGUAAUGGACAAAGUUAUAUAACUGGCAAUUUCUUUCAUUUAUGUAAAAUUGGGAUGAGUUAUAGCUGGUUUGGUAGUUAAGCGUCUUUGAUCUCUGCUCGGUUGUCUGGUCUUAAGAAAGGGCGGCUUGCACAUCGUUCUUCUUGGAAACUCUAUGGAAUGGUUUCUGAGAUUUUAUCUGUGCGUACAUCAAAGCGGUUCCAAGAUCCUAUUAUUUGUUUGUGAGCCGUCGUCACAUGGAGGUUGUGUUAUGCCAAUCUUCUUGAGAAAUUUUUCUUGGGAAUAUCCAAUGUUUUCCUCGAGCGUGGUCACGUCA